AUGGAAAAGGGUCUUUUUGACGAAUCAUCCUCGAGUGAAGUUUCUCAAGAAGGCUGGGAUAAGAUGAUCGAAGUCUGGAAGAACACCGUCGACUGUCAAAAGCUGCAUGAGGAUAAUACCGAUGUCGAUUGGAACGAGCCGCUAUGCUUUGCAUUAUCGAUUGCCAUAGCGCGCAACCAGAAGUCAAUGAAUACAUGGGCACCGGAAGAUAUCCAAGAUGCUUUGGGCAUGUCAAAGACAACUGAUGACACGCCUAUUCUGGGUGUUUUGAUCGAUGUGCCCAAGGCUGGCAAAGGAGCAGAGGUUAGGAAGGAAGACUCUCGGUCGGUAAAGAUAUCUAGGGUCAGCACAAUGGAAAACCUUUCGGACCGGAGGGUCAGAACGCCCAAAGAUGCCAAGAAAAGACUCUGGGCCAUGUUCUCCGCUGGACCGGAUGAUAUCACUCAUUGUGAGAACACUGUUGGACCAGAUCCCAUUACGCAGCACCAGAUGGCCAACUUCCACCAGAGCCACAAAUCUUUUGAAAAAUAUUUUGACGAGGAGACUGUGGCAAAGCUGAGUACAUGA